CGCCCUGACCAGCGGCACUUUAUCAAUAGUGCGCAAGUGUGCUUCCUUUCGGUAGUGCUCCGUCCGUGACGUCAUUGCGCCGGAAGCCUCCCGAUCUGUGGCCCUCGGUAGCGUCGCUCCGCACACAAAGCCAGGCCGUCGCCAUCUUAUGUACAGGCCGGGCGGAGAGCUCGGGCCCCGGGCAUGACCCCGCUGUCUCCUCGGGCCUCCGCCGGGCGGAAAUGAGGCCAAGAUGUCGGUAUCUGGGCUAAAGGCCGAGCUGCGGCUCCUGGAGUCUAUUUUCGGGAAGGAGCACGAGAGGUUCCGGAUCAUCAGCUGGAGGCUGGACGAGCUGCACUGUGUGUUCAUCCAGAGCACCGGGGGGGCCCUGACCAUCCACUGCAACAUUACGGAGUCCUACCCUUCUUCUGCACCAAUAUGGUUUGUAGAAUCAGAUGACCCAAAUUUGACUUCAGUUUUAGAACGCUUGGAAGACAUUAAGAAAAGCAACACAUUGCUCUUGCAGCAGCUAAAGAGAUUGAUUUGUGACCUGUGCAGAUUGUACAACCUCCCACAGCAUCCUGACGUUGAAAUGCUGGACCAGCCUCUGCCUGCAGGACAGAAUGGCACAACAGAGGAAGUCACGUCUGAAGAGGAAGAGGAGGAAGACAUGGGAGAGGAUAUUGAAGAUCUGGAUCAUUAUGACAUGAAGGAAGAGCCAGUUGAUGGUAAGAAGUCAGAGGAUGAAGGCAUUGAAAAAGAGAAUCUUGCCAUCUUGGAGAAGAUCCGAAAGAAUCAAAGGCAGGACCACCUUAAUGGUGCAGUGUCUGGAUCCGUACAAGCUUCUGAUCGUCUUAUGAAAGAGCUCAGGGAUAUAUACAGAUCACAAAGUUAUAAAACAGGAAUUUAUUCAGUGGAACUUGUAAAUGACAGCCUGUAUGAAUGGCAUGUUAAGCUGCUUAGGGUUGACCCGGACAGCCCAUUACAUAGUGACCUUUUGGUCUUAAAAGAAAAGGAAGGCAUAGAAAGCAUUUUACUGAAUUUUUCCUUUAAGGAUAAUUUUCCUUUUGACCCUCCUUUUGUGAGAGUGGUAUCACCAGUACUCUCUGGAGGGUAUGUGCUGGGUGGAGGUGCCCUCUGUAUGGAGCUUCUUACAAAACAGGGCUGGAGCAGUGCCUAUUCAAUAGAAUCUGUUAUCAUGCAAAUCAAUGCUACCCUGGUAAAAGGAAAAGCACGUGUGCAAUUUGGAGCCAACAAGAAUCAGUAUAACCUUGCUCGAGCACAGCAAUCCUACAAAUCCCUAGUACAGAUCCACGAGAAGAAUGGCUGGUACACUCCUCCAAAAGAAGAUGGGUAACUCCAAACUCACCUUGGACCAAGAUUUAAAUAAACUUUUAUUUUCUACUUCUUUCCAACACUGAUCCAAUAUUGCCCUUGGGUCCUCUGUACAGCAUAUGUUAGCUAUUAGAUAAAGGAACUGUCAGACCUGUAUAUUAGACCACAUCUGCUUCUCUGGGACUGAGAGCAGCUGCCUUUACUGAAGAGGCCACUCCAGAUAUUUUAUCAUCCUAUUUAAAUCAGAAGAUCUAGCUUAGUGCAUCCAUUCCUCUUUUAUUAGACUUGUAAAUUGCUUUCAUUUCAUUUGUUCAUGUGUUUUUGUUUUUGUUUUUUCUUUUGUUUUUUUCUUUUGCAGAAUUUGCUCUGCAAAAAUAAAUUACUUUGUAUAGUAUCAUUUAAAGCCAAACUAAUGUUUCAUACAUUUAAAACGGAUGUUUUAAGAAAUGAUUAAAAGAAAUGACUUGGGCUUUCCAAUUACAAUUUGGUGGAAAAAAAUUGCCAAACGUUGCAAGGGAGGGUAUAGUUUACAAAAGCCAUUAAAUAUUUAUGCCUAUAGGUCUGGGGAAAUAUACACUGUAGAAGGCUACUGAGCUUUCCUAACCCAUAAAUUGAAGUGCUAAAACGUUGCAAAA